UCAAACAUCAUCAUAGGACUACACCUUAAUUCCCUCUACUUUCGCCAUUUCUUCAUUGUUACGUUCCUCAGUGUUCAUCACUGUCAGGCUUUAUUUUGCAGAAAAAGUAGGAAUAAUAAUGGGGCAGAAUGGAGGGAAAUAUGAGUAUGAGGCGAUUCUGGCAAGAAGUUUUAGCAGGCAAGACAGAAAGACAAUGGGGUGGUGUGCUACACUCGCCAUCUUCAUCGUUAUUUUCACAUUUUGCAUUUUCUUCAAGCCUUACAUAUCUGAUGAUGAUGAAAAUGCUGCAUUUCCUUCCCCACUUUCAAAUUUAGAAGUACCAAUGGGGGAUAGUUUCAACUUGCAAGCCACUGUUCAUGAUGUCAUAAACAUUGCCCCACAACCAUUUUCAGAUCCGAAAAUAAAAGAAGUGAAGCCGGUUUGCGAAGUGAACCGGAGAAGAUCGGACAUCUGCGACGCAAACGGCGGCGACAUAAGAGUUGUCGGAAGCUUGUCCACCAUUUUUGUUGUUUCAAAGGUUCAUAGUAACAUAAUGUCGUGGAACAUAAGGCCCUAUGCUCGAAAAGGCGACGAAGCCGCAAUGGGGGGUGUCCGAAACUUCACCGUCAAGCAACUCCACCCUUCUCAUCAACAAACCCCAGCUUGCACCAGAAACCAUAAUGUUCCGGCGGUUCUUUUCUCCGCCGGAGGAUACUCCGGCAACGUCUUCCACGACUUCUCCGAUCUUCUCAUCCCCCUGUACCUAACGUCCCGGGAGUUCGCCGGAGAAGUACAGUUUCUGGUCACCGACGUCAAAAGGCCGAGUUGGACGGAGAAGUUUAAGGAAGCGUUGCAGAGGUUGUCGAGAUACGAAAUCAUAGACCUCGGAGAAAAAGACGGCGAAAACGCGGUCCUUUGUUUUCCAAGAAUCAUCGUCGGGUUAAAAGCCAACAAGGAGUUCAGCAUCAACCCCUCUUCAGAUCACAUUUCCAUGAAAAACUUCACGGCGUUCUUGAGAAACGCUUACGACCUGAAAAGGGAUAAUAUUAUCGCAAACGAGAAACCGCAGCCGCGGCUACUCGUGAUAGCGAGGAACAAAACCAGGCGGCUGUUGAACGCGGGCGAGGUUUCCGCCAUGGCGGAAAACCUAGGCUUUAAGGUUGUCGUACAAGAAACAGACAGGAACAUGACCAAAGUGUCGAAACUGGUGAACGGGUUCGACAUUAUGGUGGGGGUGCACGGGGCGGGGCUAACGAACAUGGUGUUCUUGCCGGAAAACGCAGUGGUGGUGCAAAUCGUGGGGUUGGGGAUGGAUUCGAUAGCCAAGAUGGACUAUGAAGAGCCUUCAUUAGACAUGGGAUUGAGGUACUUAAGUUACAAGAUUGGUUUGAAUGAGAGUUCUCUAAAGGAUGAAUAUCCAGUGGGACAUGAAGUGUUGAGCAACUCCAGCGCCAUUCGAGUGAGAGGAUGGAAGGCUUUUAGUGCAGUGUACUUGAAUGGGCAGGAUGUGAAAGUAGAUGUGAAUAGGUUUAGAGGCACACUGUUGAAAGCUCUACAGCUUUUGCAUGCUAGCUAGCUAAUUAAUAUUUAUGUAUACUCCCAAAUUC